AUGGCCCUCAGUCACUCCUUGUGUGCGCUGCCAAGGAGACCUAGGUGCUUUGUCCGUACCAAAUCGACUCAGCAAAGCAUUUUGUCAGCGGCUGCGCGUGGCGAUGCCGAAGGCAUUUACCUGGCACUGAAACACCACGAGCUCAGUCCGAUCAGUGUGGCCACAGCGGCCCACCGCUUAGCAAAGCUACGGCCUCUACGCGCUUCAAACACCUUGCGACAGCGUGGACUGCGAGAAUUGCAGGCCCCAAUCUUGGCGGCCCACACUGACUUUGGAGCGCAAGCCACGGCCAAUACCGUUUGGGCUUUGGCAGUGCUUAGGAGCACAGACGAGAUCGUGUGGGAGUCGCUGUCACACCGGGCAUCUCAGCAGGUUCAGCAAUUCAGCGGUCGGCACUUGAGCAACUUAGCAUGGUCUGUGGCGAUCCUCUCACGGAGCGAUGCCCCAUUGCUGAUGAUGCUUUCCUGCGAAGUUAUGCAGAAGGUGAAGGAGAUGUCUCCCCAAAGUUUGGCCAACAUCCUGUGGAGCUUUGCCUUUCUGGCUAUCUGGGAUUCAGAGAUGUUGAGGCCUUCCUUAGAUGCGGUGCAUACAUCAGCUCCCGCUUUCAACUCCAGGGAUUUGAGUAAUACUUUGUGGGCCUUGUCCCUGUACAGAGGUUCAGAGACUGAUGGCUUUGACUGGAAGCGCUUACUGGUCUCCUUGGCAAAUGUUGCCAAAGUCCAAGCAGAGGGCGGUCUUCAUCCCAAUGACCUUACAAGCAUUGCAUGGGCCUUUGUGGAUGCUACACCCCUGCAAAUGCAUUGGCUUCAACGCGCUGCGGCUAGUCCGAGCAAGGACCAAAACACAUGGGCCACAGAGCCCACGGAGCCCCAAAGACCUGCAUCCUAUGAGCCUUUAGAUUGA